CAGAUAUUUUCAGGUCUUAAAAUAGGACAUCUUGGUUCCUUGGAUCUUUCUCUCAUCUGAAGACUGGUUAAACACAGAACCUGAUGGAGGGCAAAAACUACUGUAACCUCAUGGACAAGUUGUCCAUCUGUACUGAGACUCAGCACAUACAGCUGGCAAGGCCUUCAUGUGCCAACCCCAUGGUCACGUUCCACAUGUACCCAGAAAUGCCAAACCAGGUCACUUGCUCUGAAGAUUUGUCAUUCCUCCCUUUCAUGUCUGAGCAUCUCAUCAUGGAGAACUUCUACACUGAGCCUUGCACCUUUCCCUACCAGAUGACCCAUUCCAGUUACCGCAGAAGUGAGUACUCCUAUGGGCCAGCUUUCAUCAGAAAGAGGAAUGAGAGGGAGAGACACAGGGUUAAAUGUGUCAAUGAAGGCUAUGCUAAGCUGAGGCAUCACCUCCCUAAGGAAUACCUGGAGAAACGGCUCAGCAAAGUAGAGACACUCCGUGCUGCAAUAAAAUACAUCAGCUACCUACAGUCUGUUCUGUACAGUGAUUCUGUGGUGGUAGAAAAAAAUGUCAUGGAGCCAAGCCAAGCACCUAAAGCAAUUAACAAACAAAACCAAUUUCUGAAAACGAUCUAAACUGCUCCAAGGCAAGCAGAAGGUAUCCUGUUUGGUAGCCUAGUAGCCACUAUUUUAAUGAUGUUCCUGGCACAUCUUAGGAGCAGAUCGUAGCGUGCGUCAGUGUCAACCUACAAGGAAGGUUUUUAAUUUUGCAGUAGUAACUAAACUUAGAUACAAAAAGACAACUGGGAAAUCACAGCUGAAUGGCUUACGUUAGUUAUCUCAUGGAAUUCAAAGUAUUUCUAAAAUUGUCACCAAAACA